GCCACGUGGCAAUAUACGAUACACGUAGGAUUCAUAAAGCUGCUCAUUCAUAAUCAACGAGCUCAAUUCCAGUCUUGGUCUACUGAAGUCGCUCACCAUCUUCUUCAGGGUUUUGAACAGAUUUUCAGCUUCCUUUAUCGAUUCCUUGAAUUCUGAUCACCGGUCAUGGCUGUGGAAGAAGAUUUUGCACCGAAGAAGAAAAAAGAGCCAUCUGAAAAUGAUAUCAGGAGAAAGAAAAUUAAGCCUGGGAAUGUGAUGAAAGCUGAGAUGAGACCUGGAGGAGGUGACGCUAAACCGUCAGAUGACGAUCAGGUUAUUUACCAUUGCACUGUUAGAACAUUGGAUGGAGUUGUUGUCGAGUCUACCAGAUUGGAAUAUGGAGGCAAAGGUAUUCCAAUACGACAAGUUUUGGGCAAAAGUAAGAUGCUAUUAGGAUUGUUGGAAGGACUUACCACAAUGCUGAAGGGUGAAGUUUCUAUGUUCAAGAUGAAACCUGAAAUGCACUAUGGGGAGGAGGACUGUCCAGUUUCACCUCCAAAUAGCUUUCCAAAAGAAGAUGAACUUCAUUUUGAAAUUGAGUUAAUUGACUUUUCCAAAGUCAAGGUUGUCAGUGAUGAUCUGGGAGUUAUAAAGCAGGUAAUAAAUGAUGGACAAGGUUGGGAAUCACCAAGAGAACCCUAUGAAGUAAAAGCUAGGAUCUCUGCAAAGACUGGUGAUGGCAAAGUAAUUCUGUCAUGCACACAAGGAGAACCAUAUUCCUUUACCCUUGGGAAAUCUGAGGUACCUAAAGGUCUUGAGAUUGGGAUAGGAACAAUGACAAGAGAAGAGAAAGCAGUAAUAUAUGUUACUAAUGAGUACUUAACAGAGUCGACUCUUAUGUCUGUGGUAGAAGGUUUUGAAGAAGUUCAUUUUGAGGUGGAGCUUGUCCAAUUCACUCAGGUGCGAGACAUGCUCGGAGAUGGACGCCUGAUAAAGCGGCGGGUUCGUGAUGGAAAAGGUGAAUUCCCAAUGGAUUGCCCUCUCCAUGACAGCCUUCUGCGGGUCCAUUACAAGGGUAUGCUUCUAAAUGAGGAAAAGACUGUGUUUUAUGACACAAGAGUUGAUAAUGAUGGUCAGCCUUUGGAGUUCAGUUCUGGAGAAGGGCUUGUCCCUGAAGGAUUUGAAAUGUGCGUUCGAUUAAUGCUUCCUGGAGAGGUAGCUCUUGUCACAUGCCCACCUGACUAUGCAUAUGACAAGUUCCAGAGGCCAGCUAAUGUUCCCGAAGGUGCUUAUAUUCAAUGGGAAAUUGAGCUUCUUGGUUUUGAGAUGCCAAAGGAUUGGACUGGUAUGGACUUUCCAACUAUAAUGGGUGAAGCAGAAAAGAUUAGAAACACAGGAAACAGGCUCUUCAAAGAAGGAAAGUUUGAACUUGCUAAGGCAAAGUACGAGAAGGUACUUAGGGAAUUUAAUCAUGUUAAUCCACAAGAUGACGAGGAAGGGAAGAUUUUUGUUAAUACAAGAAAUUUGUUAAAUCUAAACUUGGCUGCAUGCUACCUCAAAUCGGGAGAAUGCAAAAAGUCCAUUGAGUACUGCAAUAAGGUUUUGGAUGCAAAUCCUGCACAUGUCAAGGCCCUGUAUCGACGUGGAAUGGCCUACAUGACAAAUGGAGAUUUUGAGGAAGCGAGACGUGAUUUUGAAACGAUGGUGAAAAUGGACAAGUCAUCUGAAUCUGAUGCAAUGGCAGCCCUUCAAAAACUGAAGCAGAAGGAGCAGGAAGUGGAGCGGAGAGUACGUAAGCAAUUUAAAGGACUUUUUGACAAGAAGCCUGGGGAAAUUGCUGAGGCCGGAACUCAAGAUGUGGAAGAAAAGAGUUCCGGUGAAACUACAAGCGAUAAUACGAAAGAUGAUCAUGGGGAUUCCGAUGGUAUUGAGGAAGAGGCCUUACUUGAAGAUGCAGGGAAUGCGCCUAGAGGACGCUGGUUCUCGUCCGUCUGGCCUACCGGUAGAAGACUGUUUUCAGCUGUUGGAUUUCAAAGGUGUACUAUAUUGUGACAGAUAUUACGGUUAGAGAAAUCCACCACUUGUUGAAUGAGUAGUGUUUCUAUACACAUUAACUGGAGAAGUGAUCUAGGAAAAUUUCACCUACAGACAGAAUAAUUUAUUUAUUUAUUUCUGAAGAAGGAAUACUGUUUUAUACAUUAAUAGACAAGCAAUGAUAAACGUUGUCUGAACCUGAAAUUGGAAUGUAGUUUUCAAUUCUAAAAUUGUCUUUUAUUC